CCUACUGCAACAUUUACGUCUACAUAACCGCAAUAUCUCCAUCUCGGCCGCCUGAUCAGUGAGGCUGUUCGUGCUCUGGCCAUUCUUCCGCGCGUUGUGGCACCUGGCAGCUCCCCGGUGGCCGAACUUUCGCCGCCCCAAUCAUUCUAGCUAGAUUCCACCGUUCAACAGCUGGCUGUCCACCCUUUGGCCCCCGAAAAAUCUCUAGAGCGCUAGUAGCAGCAGCCAUCCAUCCGUCCAUCCAUCCCGUCCCGUGCCGUUUCCUUUGCCGCGGGCUUUUGCCUCUCCCGAUUUCUUCCCACGUCGCCAGCUCCCUCGCCAAACACAUCCGCAAAUAGCGCUCUUUUGCCCAGCAUGGCGUCUAGAAUGGGCCCGAGGAGCGUCAAGGACGCCACCCGCUUCACGUCUACGAUCCCCCACGCCACGUCCAAGAGCGCCGGCGGUGCCGCGGCCGCGACCGCGACGCCGAAGCCCUCGCCCCGAAUCCCCGGCGAGACGCCCGAGCAGAGAGUCCGCCGGCUGCGGCAGGCGCACAUCGCGGCCCAGAAGGCGCAGGUUAGCAAAGCAGACCGCGUGGUCGAUGCGUCGCGAAGGUUCCUGGAUGUGGCGCAUCGGUGGACCGUCGGAGGCAUCGUUGUCUUUACCGGUAGGCGACCCCCCUCAUCUGUGGGCGACGAGGGCUUUGCGAAUGCCGCAUGUGUACGCCGUUCAAGCACUGACGAAUAUCCCGGAUGCAGCUGUUGCUGGUGUCGUGAGCAUUUAUUCCGUAUGGGACAUGCUGCGGUACAACCGCGCCCGCCGCGCCGAAUGGGUCGAGGCCCAGAAGCAACUCGAGGCCGACUCCCUCUCUGCCGCUCGAAUCGCCUACCUCAAGGGCACCGCCACCGAAGAGCAGAUUGCCCUUGUAGAAGAAGCCAACCGUGAAGCCGAAGCUCAGGGCAUCAAGCUGCCCCCGCUGCUGUCGCCGCCCGAGCAUCGGACACACUUUGAGGAGCACGUUCAGGCCGCAUUCAAGAGCGAUCCCGAGAAGAAAGAAGGCAAGGGCGUUCUUGGGGUCUUUUCCGGUCUCUUUGGAAGUAAAGAGGCAUCAGGCGAUGGCUCGAACGCGCCGUCAGAAGCCGGAACACCGGCGGGUUCUGAAGCAUUGACGCAGUCGAUCGAGGCCAAGGCCAAGGAUGCGUGGGCGACAGAGAAGGAGAACCAGCGUCGAGGUGGCAGCCUCGACCAGCUCGGACUGGAGGCCGCGGGCCAAGGACAGCCGCCAUCGGGAAAGCGAGGUUGGUGGCGGUGGUGACAGCCGCGGCCCAGCAGGACGUUUCCAGUCCCUUUUCCUGAUAUGAUCCAGCGAGGCAUGGGUGGCAGGGGCAAACCUGCAUGUAUCAUACCCGUGCAAGGGCUAUGCAUUAGAAAUGGCGCCAGGAGUUUUCGGCAAGCUGUAUGUACCACUAGGGCUUCAUCCCAACUACCAACUACGCAAUCUACACGAUGUGAACAUAUCUAUACUUUGAC